AUGUAUUCGAGUUUCAGCAGGUAUAUCGAAUCUCCUGGACCCAAUACCAAGGAAAUGGCUCCAUCUCAAGUGCCUCGGUAUAUUUACAACCUAUGGAGAAGCUAUAAGUAUAUGAUCCUGUCCACUGUUGCUGUGUUCAUAUUGUUAAACUUGAGUUUGGGUGAUCCUACCAGUUCUGUCAGAAAGCGGUAUAGCCUGUCAGACUUUUACCCACAGAGCUUUUUUGGAAAUGCUACUCUGAUCAAGACCCCGCCUCCUCGAAAGAAUAUUCAUGAUAUGUAUACAAUCGAGGCUCGACUUAUUCACUAUUUUCCUUACGAGGCAGAAGGUGAAAUUGAAAACAAUAUUUGGCAGAUGUGGCAACAAAGACCAGACGACAGGAAAUUUCCAGUCAAUUGCUUUCCUCACAUUCAACGAUGGAGACUGGUGAAUGACGAUUACAACCAUAAUUUGAUUUUGACGUCGGAGGGAGAAUCUUUAGUUUCAGAUUAUCUCAAGGACCAGGUGCCAGAGGUUUUGGAUGCACUACUCAAACUUCCAGAUGUCCGGCUCAAAUAUGAGUUUCUCAAGUACCUGAUAGUGUACAUUGGUGGUGGAUUGUUUGCAGACAUUGAUACAAUUUGCGUGAAACCGAUGAAAUACUGGUAUGAAUCUCGUAUAAUUCCUGGUAAGCUGAUGGUGGGCAUUUCUACAGACUACAACGAUGAGAACUGGACGUUGCUAUACAACAGAAGGUUAUCAUUUUCAAAUAAGCUUUUCAAAGCAAAGUCCCAUCACCCUUUUUUGGCAAAACUUAUUGCUCGAAUUACCUAUAUGGUUCACAACGAUGAUCGCAUAAUUCAUGAGAUUGACUGGAAUACAGCUUUUGAAAAUUUGGAUAGCAAUGGUGAACCGCUAACACAAUGUACUGGUGAAUCAGUUUUCACUGACACUUUAUUUGAGUAUCUGAAUGAGCUUGAAUCUCCUUUCAUCUACAGAGUUGCAAGAACAGACAAAGACUUAUUACCACAAAAGAUUGUGGGCCCUGAAACACAAGACCGCAUUUCAUACAAGCUGCUUAGCCUAGCUGUUGGGCCGACACAGGUUGAUGAUGUUAUCAUCAUGCCAGAAAUUACAUUCAGAGGAUCUAAGGAGUUUGAAAGUCACAAUUCAAAAAGCAUGAAACAAGAUUACACAGCAGAAUACGACGAUGAGAAUAAAAGAGAAGGAUACGAAAAACUCUACUACGCAAGACCACUUAAUAUACUCACAUGGGACGACUUCGAUAAUUCUAAGUGA